AUGGGCCAUGACAAUGUGGUAGGGCAGUCAUCAUCCCGUGGUGCCCCUGUAGUGGUGUCUUUGCAGUCAGAGAGCCAUACUCUUGAUGACACGGGCACCACGGCAAAUGUCCUUGGUCCAACCAGGACUGAGCUCGGAGCUGGUGCUGUUGACGGUGUUGUGCAAGGAGAAGAAGGAGAGGAUGAGGCUGGUUCUCAGCCCAUGGAACCCUAUGUUGUCAUGAGGUUUGACAGCCUUCAAAUUGCUAAAGAUCACUACAAUAGCUACGCCCUACGGAUGGAUUUCUCUGUCAAGAUGAACACCUCUAGGCGGACAGCUCGCACCAAUGUAUUGGUAAAUAGAAGUUCUGUUGCAACAAGACGUAUGAUGCAUAUAUUGGCAGAGUUCUAUGGAUCUGAGAUGAUGGUGCCGUUUGGACCAAAGUCAAUAACAAAUCUGUGUACAAGUUUCCGCAGAGAUGACACAAAGGAGGGUGACAUAAUUGAGACAAUUGCGCACUUCAAGGAUAUACAGAAAACUGAUCCAUACUUCUUCUAUAAGGUAAAAUAUGAUGAAGAGGACAGAGUUGUCAACAUAUUUUGGAUGGAUGGCUUAGCUCGAAAAGCUUAUGUGGGGGCGUACCACGAUUCCAUAUCGUUUGACACCACCUACAUGACCAACAUGUACAAUAUGCCGUUCACGCCCUUCACCGGAAUAAACCGACAUGGCCAAUCUUUCAUGCUGGGUUGCACGUUUGUGAGGCAGGAGUUGGCAUCGAGCUUUGAUUGGGUCUUCCGAGCAUUCCUAGAGGCUAUGGAUGGCAAACCUCCUGACAACUUCAUAAUCGAUCAGGAUGGGCUCUCUGAUGAUUUCAACUACUGUGUUGACUUCAGCUUCACUCCAGACAAGUCAACUUGGGUGCCGCGCAACUUCAAACACAGGUUCUUCCCCUUCCUGCAGUCUACACAUCGUAGUGAGGGGUUCAACGCCGUCCUAAAAAGAUAUGUGAACCCACACAACUCAAUGCUGAACUUCGUGAAGCAAUAUGAAAAAAUUCAAAACCACAUCCUUGCCAAGGAAGGCUGCAAUGAUUACAGGACAGAACACCUUGAGAUUGAGCUAUGGUCCAACUUCCCAAUAGAGAGGCAAGCUUACGAAACCUACACUAGGGACCUUUGCCGCAAGUUCCGAGAAGAGUUUGAGCUGAUUGGACAUUAUAAUGCGUUCCAAGUUGGCAAGGGUGGGGGAGGGUUCCUAUUUGUGUGA